UUUCACUGUCAAAGUCAAGUAUGGCGCGAUGGCGCGAAUAUUAUUUUGAUUUUCAUUUUUGAUAAUUUCCAGCUCCUGACUAAAUAAUUAAGUAUGUUGCUUAAUGCUUGAUUUCCAGUUUCCUAAUCCUAAAAAUAAACGCUAUUUUUAACCGACUUCUUUUUGUAACGUUAACGAAGUUUAUCAUUAUUUGAUUUAUAAUUUACUGUGUAAAUAAUGCACGAAAUUAACGCAAGCCAGUUGUCUACGCAAAUUAAAUUGAUACGAAAAUAUUUAAAGUUAAAAAUAAUUGAAGACAAUAUAACGUUUAGGGACCACGCUAGCGAAAGGAAACAUGUAUACGAGCUAAUAACAAAAGCAGUUCUGCACGGGGAAUCACAUUCGGCUCUUAUUAUCGGACCCCGCGGUUGUGGUAAGACUGCACUAAUCAAUUCAGUCCUUCACCAAGUGUCGAAAGAGGCGGAUCUGGUGAAUGACGCUAUAGUGGUCAAAUUGAACGGCCUCAUACAUCAUGACGAUAAAGUGGCUCUUAAAUCUAUCACUGCUCAGAUGCAACUUGAAAAUGCUGUCGGCGAUCGAGUGUUUGGUACGUUUGCCGAAAACUUGAGCUUCCUCCUGAGUUGUCUGAUGAGCGGCACGGACAGACGCUGCAAGAGCAUGGUGUUCAUACUGGAGCAGUUUGACAUGUUCUGUCACAGUACACGCACACAGACGCUGCUGUACAACCUGUUUGAUAUCACACACAGCAAGCAGGCUCCUAUGUGUGUGUUGGGUGUAACAAAUCGUAUAGAUGUGAUGGAGUUAUUGGAGAAACGGGUAAAGUCCCGUUUCUCGCAUCGACAUAUAUUCAUUUUCCCAAACGAAAACACAGAAAACAGUGAGGUGAAAUCGCCUUUGAGCAACUGCAAAGAAAUGCUAGUGCAGUGCCUGAGUAUGCCUCUUGCCUUGGGAAGGAGAGAUUUACCCAAGAAACGCAAAGGGAGGAAAUCUAUAGUUAGUAAUGAAGAAGUGAUGGAUAUUGACAGCACUGAUUCCCAAUAUUCCAUACCAGAACAAAUUCUCACUAAAUGCAGGACAGAUGUGAAACAAUUCCAGCAUCUGGAAUGGGCAUUCCUGGAAGACUGGAACUCGCAUGUGCAAAGUUUGGUGCAGGACCAGAAACUUGUGGACUCUUUGGAGAAGUUGUGCUAUUAUACUGUAAAUGAACAAAUCAUCAAGGACAUAUUGUUUCAAACUGUAUCAAAAUUGUCACCAUCCAAACCAUACAUAGACGCCAUAGAGUUAUCCAAUACCAUAGACGAAACAGUAUCCUCUGAACAGAGAGUAAAGCUUCUACAAUCACUGUCUAUACUGGAAUUGUCUCUAGUCAUAGCAAUGAUGCACGGUAUAGAGAUAUUCGAUGGACAGCCCAUGAAUUUUGAAAUGGUUUUACAUAGAUACACAAAGUUCGCAAACGCAAACUCUUCGAACCAAUCCGUACCGAGGCCAGUGGUUCUCAAAGCGUUUGAGCAUUUGCAGCAGUUGGAGAUCAUAAUGCCGUCGAAGAGCACCGACUCCCACACCCUCGGUGACACGAGCACCAGCAGAGUACAGAAGGAAUACAAGCUUUACACCCUGGCUGCGCCUGUGCACGAUAUAAAAGAGGCAAUAAAAAGCUACAAGGCCCUACCCACAGAAAUUACACAUUGGUUCAACAAUACCAUAGAUUGAAGAGUUCCAACAUUUUUUUUUGUUUCAAAUUAAAAUUACAGGCAAAGGUCUGUAAGGUUUUUCUGGAAUUUUUGAGUGUAUUUUAACUCUUAUAUCAGGAAUUUACAAAAUGUGCAGCGUUUACUUUAAUUCAAUAAAAAUUACACAAAACUGGUGGCCAAAAUAUAAUUAACUGAUUGUUGGUAAUGAAACGAGGCAGGGUUUUGUGAGAUGAACUAAUUUUUUUUUUAAUUUUUUUAUUUUUUACAAGUUAGACUUGACUUGACCUUGACUACAAUCUCACCUGAUGGUAAGUGAUGAUGUAAUCUAAGAUGGAAGCGGUCUAACUUGUUAGGAGGAGGAUGACAAUCCACACUCCUUUCGGUUUCUACACGACAUCGUACCGGAACGCUAAAUCGCUUGGCGGUACGUCUUUGUCGGUAGGGUGGUAACUAGCCACGGCCGAAGCCUCCCACCAGCUAAUACUAAAUCAGUGUGUUGUCACACUUAUUUGUCAUAUUUCACACUUAUUUGUCAUAUUUCACACUUCAUCCAAGUGGUCUAUGUGUGACAGGCCAUUAAAUUACACGUUUUUUUUAAAAUAAUCAUCUAGCAGACAGACCAUAGACUCUG